AUAUAGUAUUAUUUAGAGGAGAGAACCCUCGCUCGUCUUCCUCCUCUCGUCGCAUCGCUCGCGGCGCGGCCUCUGUGUGGUUUCUCCCCCAAAAGAUCGAUCGGUCCCUUGCCAAUCGCUCUCAAAUUUGUUCUUCUCUUUUUCCUCGUGAUUUGUCCUGCCUCAGCAUCGUCCGCAUCGCUGCUACUGGACUUCCCUGGAUUGGAGAUCCAUCCAUCCAUCGGAGGACUUGGAUUGGUUUCUUCUCUUGUUGGUUCUUCUUCUUCGGCGCGCAAGGCUCCAUCGAUCUCACUCGACACCAUUGGCUUCUUGGUACCUAAUUAAGGCGCGGCUGCAGUUGAAUUUCUUUCUCUUUUUUCCCCAACGCGAGUCAGCCCCUGCUUGCAGUUGGAGAUGAAUGCAUCUAAGAGAUACAACCAAGUUACGAACAAGGACAUUGCAGAAACUGCGAGGGAUAUCAUGACCACGUACGGCCCAAUCCAACCCCUCAAAAUCCCAGACGCUGUUGUUGCGCUCGCUCAAGCUGCUGCAAAGGCAAAUGGUGAGACUGAAAAAUAUCUUCCAGGCUGGCCGUUGUUCUCACCUCCUAAGGUGCAGUUGGAGAAGUGUACCAAGUGUUCAAGAGAAUUCUGUUCUUCAAUCAACUUUAGGCGGCAUACACGUGUUCAUCGCCGAACUCUCAAAAUAGAUAAGGAUUUCCCCAAGAACAGAGACCAUGUUGCCGCUUUCUGGGAUAAACUGACGGUGGAUGAGGCUAAAACAAUUUUGUCCUUGUCAGAUGUUGUUGUGGAGGGUGUCACUGGUUCAUCAAUUUUAACAGCAUUGACAACAUGGAUGUGUAAGCCAGGGUAUGCUUCAUUACCAGUGGCGUAUGCCAGAGCUGGCAGUGAACUUCUGGACUUGAUUCAAACAAAGGCUCCAAUGCAGCUGCGUGUAUUAUCAAAUGAACUAUUUAGUGUGCUCGAUGAAGCAAGUGAGAAUACAUUUCUUUGUACGAACACAGCUGCCUGUAUACAGAAGUUUUUGUUUGAUGGAGAAGCAGACAAAGUUGCAGCAGAGUUGAAAAAUGUUGUUGCAUGUGCUAGUUACAUGCUUGAACAAAAGCUGGUUGAAGCAUGGUCUGCUGAUAAGGCUAUUGAAGCAUUGAGAUGCCAGAAGUUGCUGGUUGAGGAAGAGGAAGCUGCUCAGAAAAGGCAAGCUGAAUUGAUGGAAAGGAAACGGAUGAAGAAACUUAGGCAGAAAGAACAGAGAUUAAAAGACCUCAAGGACGAGGAUGUCACAAUUCAUUUAUCUGAAAUCAUGGAUGAUGAAACAGAUUCUCUUGGAAUUCAAAGUCUUAAGGCUAUUUCAGAUGCUGGCCAUUAUGAGCAAGAAGAUUCACAGUAUUUUGAGUUUCCAACACAAGAUGAUAAUUGUUUUAAUGUGGACCAAUCUAAAGAAGAUGUCAGCUGUGAUUUGGGGCAUGGAAUGAGUACAGGUGAUAUUCUAAGGCAACAAGUCAUUUCGAGAUGUCAUAUAGGAAGAACAGAAAACCUUGCCCAAAAUAGCUCUGUCUCUGGUCUUGCAGUUGCUUCAAAACAUCCAGCUAGGCAUUCAAAUUACAGGGAUCCAAAUGCCUGCACCGUGUUGAAUAGAAACAAAACUUGGGAGUGGAAAGUGCGAGCUGAGAUUGAAGAACAGGGCCCAAAACAUGAGUUAGAUAUGGAUGAUAGACACAACAUGGUUCUUGGCAAAAACUCUCAUGUGCUAAUAGGAUCUAUAAGUGUUGCAAUUGAAGAUGGUAGCGAACGCUCUCAAGACCUCUGGCAUUUCAAGCAUGACCCAACCCCUCCUAGUUCGAAGAUUAUCAACCAUUCAGUAAUCAAGGUGGCACAACCAAUUAGCCACGAGGAAAAUGGAAACGAAGGCAUGUUUUCCAGUAAAGAAGUGACAACCUUUCUUUCUCAAAGGUGGAAGGAUGCAAUUGCAGCGGACCAUGUGAAACUUGUUUUGUGUCCUGAAAAGUUGGACUGUCUGUCACUCACGGCUGAUAACAAGACAUGCCUGGCCUCCACCUUCCCUUGUAGAUUCGAGGUGUAUGUACGAGUACAAGAUCUUACACUACUUUUUAUUUUUAAGACGAAGUUUUAUUUCAAAGACGAAAUGAAAUUAGUGUUCUGUUCUGUCCUGUCCUGUCCUGUCCUGUCCUGGUUUCAUGAUGCUGAGGAAAAAAGCCAUUUGCCACUGCGAGCGACGCCAUCCAUUCACGGUGAUGCUAGUUCUGCAUUGGUCGGACCCAAGUCCAAGAUGAAACAACCGAGAGUUGGCUUAUUCUUGCCAUUGGAGGAGAGUCGAGGAAAGAUGAUGACCUCGUGGCUGCUGGGCCGCCGGGGCCCCUCCGGCUUCUCCUGGAGCUCCACCGCCGAGGACGUCACCGCCGGCAUCUCCGCCGCCGGACUCACCGCCAUCGUCACCGGGGCGUCGAGCGGCAUCGGCGCCGAGACGGCACGGACGCUGGCGCUGCGCGGGGCCCACGUAGUCAUGGCCGUCAGGAGCGUCGCCGCCGCCCAGGCCCUUCGGGACUCCGUCCUUGCCCAGGCGCCGGAGGCCAAGCUCGACGUCAUGGAGCUCGACCUGUCCUCCAUGGCCUCCGUCCGCACCUUCGCCUCCGAAUUCGUCUCCAGGGGACUCCCUCUCAACAUCCUCAUCAACAAUGCAGGAGUAAUGGCGAUUCCUUUUGCACUCUCAAAGGAUGGCAUUGAGAUGCAGUUUGCAACUAACCAUGUUGGUCAUUUUCUGCUGACACACCUUCUGUUGGAUACCAUGAAGAAGACAUCUCGUGGAUCAAGUGUGGAAGGAAGAAUUGUGAACGUUUCAUCAGAGGGGCACAGAUUUGCAUAUCGGGAAGGCAUCCGAUUUGAAAAGAUAAAUGAUGAGUCAGUGUAUAGCAGCAUUGGAGCAUAUGGGCAGUCAAAGCUUGGAAACAUCUUGCAUGCCAAUGAACUUGCUAGGAGAUUCAAGGAAGAGGGUGUCAACAUAACUGCAAAUUCUCUUCAUCCAGGCUCUAUUAUCACGAACCUUCUUCGUCACCAUAGUAUCUUGGAUGUUCUCCACCGGACACUUGGUAAAUUGGUUCUGAAAAAUGCUCAGCAGGGUGCGGCCACCACAUGCUAUGUGGCGUUGCACCCGGAGGUGAAGGGCGUCUCGGGGAAGUACUUUUGCGACAGCAACCUGUACGAGCCGAGUGACAAGGCCAAGGACAUGGACCUGGCCAAGAAGCUCUGGGAUUUCAGCGUCGAGCUCAUCACCUGAUCAAUGGAUCGAUCAAUGGAUUGAAUGUAAAACACGUUGCUUCUUGCUUGCUUGGCACUUAAAUUGAAUCACCCAGCUGUAACUACUGAACGUUUGGCUGGUGGCCUUUCAAUUACCCUUAACCCAGGAUGA